AUGUUCGAUACAACCAGCCUUGAUCUCCAGUCUUGUGACCUCGAAGACGCCAUUGCGGCGCUCUAUCCCGAAGAUGUCUUUACAGACGAGGCUCUGAGCGUAGUAAGCUCGAGCUCCGAGUCAGACUUGGGCUCUUUCUGCGGAUCUCCAUGUUGCUUCAGUGCGUCUUCAGAUGAGGCUGAGUUCAGACUAGCUGCUUCUGUCAUACCGCAGGACAUCGAGCACAACGAUGCAACAAAGACGGAUGGGAUAGAGCUAUGUCAGAUGAUUGAGACGGCACAGGUUGACGUCCAGGGUCCUCGUAAGGUUAACCGUCGCCCAUGGUCUCGUGACGAGCACGAGAGGUUUGUAGAGGCCGUCAGAACCUUCUCGUCCAUAGACGCCAGGACCAGCAACGGCAGGGUCUACGUGGGCCUCGGGCAUGGCGUCGCCGAGUUGAUCGCAGAGACCGUGGGGACGAGGACGGUGGCGCAAGUGCGAUCGCAUGCUCAGAAGUUCUUCUUGAGGCAGCUGAGGGAGCCCGAGUGA